GUAACUUACUUCAUUCUUCCCAAAUUUACUUUUUGAAGAACGUGUUGUGUAAGUCAUUUUACAUUUUGGUCAUACUCAAGAUUUUCAUUUCGAAGUUGAAAGUAAGUUUCUCGAAUUAUUUAAAAUUGUAUAUAUAAUGUAUAAUAGAUCUAUAUAAAUAAUCAAUAACUUUGUAUAAGGUUAAAAUAAUUCAUAUAAGUAUUUACUUUUUAUUUUUUCAUCUACUUAAUUUAUGUUAUUUAGUUAAAAUGGCAUUGGAGAUUUUAGCUCAAGAAAAAGUAUGGCUCAACAAGUCUAAAUAUGCUGAUGCAGAACGUGUAUAUUACGAAAAAUUGUCUAAGGUAAUUCAAUUUUUAAAUUGAACUUGCAUAGUUUAGCAGUUUUAGUUUUGAAUACAAAUUCAACAUACCUACCUAAUUAUCUUUGGGCUACAUAACCAUAUAUUAUUAACAAUAGACCAUUCAUUAAGAUUAUUAAUUUUAUUAUAAUAAUGGGCUACCUAUAUAAUUGGGAAAGAAUGUAGUUGAGCUCUCAUUUUUUGAAAGUUUUUUCUUAGAAACGUGUGUUUUUGCAUUGGUGAAAUCGGUAUUAACUAAUAUUUUUUGGUUUGGAAGAAAUAUUGGGAAAAUGUAUCUUUUCUUAUUGAUACAUAAACAUCCCAGUUUACCUUUAGAAAAAUAUAGUUUAUUUAACACAGUUUUUUUUUUUUUUUUUUUGUACUUAAGUCAAAAUAAUUAGAAAUAAAACCCUCAAUGGAGAGGAGAGCUGAGGAGCAUGGUAAAAUACAACGAUUAUAAUGUCAUAUUAUACUUAUAAAUAACAAAAUCACAAACAUUCUAUUCCCUGCCAUAAUUUUCUAGAACAAACUUUCCAAAAGUGAUAGGGUAUUUGAUUUUGAAACUUGACAAUUAUUUUAGUAACUUAAAAAUAAAGAGUUUCUACCGGAUUUCGGGUUUUUAGGAUGUCAAAUCCCCUAUUGUGUCUCGUAGAUUUUUAACCUUUAAAAAACCCUUAAACUGAGAUUCCAUAAAAAUAUUCUUUUUUAUGUAUAACCAUUUAUUAAUAAAUUUAUUUUAUUUUAAUAUAGCUGUAUACAAUUUCCACUAAUGUAUAUAGCUAAGUUUUAUUCGACUAGAUAUUCAUUGUAUUGAACAUGCAGUAAUGGUUUAAAAUCAAAGAAUGUGUUAUCAUUUAUCAGUCACAUUAUCAAAAAUGAAAAUACACUUAAAGUAUAAGUUGUUAUAUUAAAUAUUUAUUAAUGUAUUCAUAUAUACUAAUAACAAAUAAUAUACGUUGUGAUAUUUGUAUUGUAAAAAAAUAUAUAUUUAGAUGCUAAAGGUAAAAGUGCCGGCAUGUAUUAGCUACACUAUAUAGUUUAACUGUUCUACAAAAAUCCUAUUAAAUGAAAUUCUUAGAGAUCUCAUUUUUUAAAAAAAAUUUUUCCUGAGAUCACAAUUGGAAUCAUGUGACAGGCAAGUGAAGUUUUGAUGAUAUCCCAGAUCAAAUCUCAUGGCAGGCAAUUUAAGUUUUCAAUAAAAUAUGUAGCACUCAAGUUGUUAAUAGAGUUUUAAAAUUUACUUUCUUUCGAUGUGAAUUUUUAGAAUAAUCUUGGAAUCUCCAUACAUAUCUGCCAAUGUAAUUUACUUUUAAACAGUAUGUCCAUGAACACAUUUUAAUAUGUUAAUUUUGGCAAUUAGUGACUGCCAAAGAAACAGCCGCUUUGCGUUUUUCCAAAAAUAGCUCGUAAAUAUCGAACAAAUAUUGGUUCAUUCAGAUUUCACCAAAAACUUCUUUAUGUUAUUACACACUGAAUGAAAAACAAAAAAAUUCCAAAAACUGUUGAAUUACUUUAAUAUGUAAAUAAUUGAAAUAACAUUAUAGUUAGGUUUUAUGUUGUUUAUUAACAAUAACAUAAAAAUUAAGUACAAUAAGUAAAUUUUGAUUUCACCGAAAUGUUAAGCAUAUAAUUACUACCAUUUUUAAACUCUAAAAAUACACAUUUUUACAUUUACAAAUACCAUGAAUCAAAUGAAGCAUGCAAAACCACACAUAAUAGAAAAAAAAAAAUUCCAUAAAAUCGCUUGGGAGCUACACUGAAUUACUGAAUACAAUGCUUGUAAUUACUUUAAGUAUUGUUUCAUGCUAUAAUAGUCAAUAAUAAUAAUAAUAUUAUAUUUCACAUUUUAUGAGUAAUAGGUGAAUAAAUGAUAAAUUAAUUUGAUGUGCAAUUAUUGUAUGGUUUUUUUAAGCAAAUCAUGGAUGGGGAUAUCUUAGUUGAGUACAUAUACUAUUUAUAUCAGUAUAAUAUUAAGUAGGUAUGUAUUUUCCAUGUUCAAACAAAGAAAUUGUUUAUUUUUUCUUCAUAAAAUUUAAAAUUCAAAAGUUUGGGAAGUCCAUUAAAUAGCAAUUAAAUUAAUUUUAAUUAAAAUAUUAUUUGUAUUAACAUUACCUAUAUUUUAGAAUAAGGUGCAGAAAAUUGCUAUUGGCAGUACUAAAUUGUAUGCUACAAAAAAGUCAGUAAGUGUAGGUUUUAAAGCAUAUCAUUGUUUAAGGCUUUUACUGCAUUGUCUAAUUAGUAAAAACUUAUAGUGACUGGAAUGAUAUUACUUGCAACGUGUAUAUAAUUUAGGUAAUCUAUUAUUGUUUAUUGAAUCUUAAUAAUAGUUUUUGUUCAAACAGAUUAGAAAAAAAAUUAUAGUCUUUACAUGUAGCAUUGUAUCAUUACCUACAUAUAGGUAAAUUUUACUUGGUUAUAAUUACAGUUUCAUUUAUUUUGUAGAACUGUUUAUUUCUGUUCAAAUUUUAUAAAUAUAAAGCCAAUUUUUCAUUGUUAAACUAAAAUUUUCAAUGUCAAUAAUGUGGUUAUACUAUGUUACCUUAUUUGUUUAGAAAUAAUUGUUUUGAAUCGAAAGAAGUAUUUCCAAUUACAAUAAAUAAUUAUUUCUAACAAACUGUAUAUACUAUAAUAGGUAAUUAUUUUAAUUAUAAAAUAUAUUUUAUUUACUAAAGGAGUAUACAGUCAAUGAUAUAAGUUUUGUAACUUCAGAGAUGUUUGGUUUUAUUUAACUACUUAGUUUUAUUCCCAAAUAAAAACAAAUUAUGCCAUAUUUGAAUUUUUUUUGUGACUACAAUAGUUUAAAAAGUAUUUGAACUUAUAUCAUUUGCUGGUAUAUAAAAUUGUAUCUUUUAUGUAGCUUUUACUAUUAAAAAAAUAUAAUCAUCUAUCGGUAUUAGAAUAAAAGUAGUAAUAGAACAAAAUUGAAUUAAUCAUUAAGUAGAAACUGUACAUAUUUGUUUAUUUAUUGUUUAAUGUGUAUCUAAUUUAUUUAUAACUUUACUCCAUUGAUUAAAUUACAAUUAUAUUUAUUUAGCUUAAUUAUUUUUAAAUUAUAGAUCAUAAAAUUAUACAAUUAAAUUAACAGUACAGAAAUUAUUAUUAAUACAAGUACCUACAAUCUUUAAUUUUUGAUUUUAUUUUAAUAGAAAACCAGUGAUAGUCCUUUCUCAAAAAUCCAGUCUGAAAUUAAGAAGGCUUGUAAUAUUUUGCGAAGUGUAAGAUAAUCUUAUUAAUAAUAUACUGCUUACCAGUGGCAUAACCAGGAUAUUUGUUUAGGGGGGUGUUUUUAUUUUGUGUUUAGCUGUAAUUUUGUAACUUUACUGUGCCUAUGUGACACAUAUAACAUAUUAUACUUAAUAAUUGUCUAUGUGUAACAACACAUCUUGUAGAAAUCUGACGCAUAACUGCAUAAUAUACAAUACAAAUUAUAAUUUUUGACAUAAAUAUAGUCAAAGGGGGAUAUUUGAACACCAAAACAUCCCCCUUGCUACGCCACUGCUGCUUACAUACAUAAAUUAACAAUGGCUUAAUAUAAACAAAAUAUCUAACCCUCAUCAUGUGAAUACAGUUUUCAAAAGAUAUUUUAUUCAAAUUGUUUAUAAGAAAAUAAAUUAUUAUGAUAUAAGCAUUUCAUUAAUUAAAUAAUUUGUAGAUUACCUAUUAUUUUUUAUACGAUUAUUAACCAUCCAAAAAUUAAAAUUAAUUUAAUGUUUAAUUGUAUAUUAUAUCAAUCAUAUUAAAUCAAAAUUAUAUUCAGAUAAAAUAAUUUGGAGUAAAAUAUCUCUGAAGAAAGUCUCAUUUCUUUCUAUAUAGCAUACAGUUAAUGUAUAUUUUGGAAUUUGUAAUGAUUAUGUGUUAGAUAAAUCAUAAGUUAUUUUUUUAGGCUGCUGAAUAUGAACCAAUAGCUAUUUGUUCAGGAGAUAGUGAAAAUGCAGACACGCUGAAAAGUAAAUAUUUCAAAUUUUAGGUCUUAUAAAUAUAUUGUUACUGAUUUAUAUAUUUUGAACUUUUUUGUAGUUAUUACUGAUUUAAAGAAUAAUUUCCAAAAGUUGGAAAACCGUGUUAGCAUAUUAGAAGGAACGUCACCCAAUGUAAGUAUUUACUUCAUUAAAAUUAAAAUCAGGAAAUAAACAUUUUUAUACAUAUUUUAUAUCUUUUUUCUGUUUAGAAGUCUUUGAGUAACUCAGGCUCAGUCACUCAAGGUAUUUAGAUUAGUAUUUUUAAUUUUUUAAAAUGUAAACUUAUUAUUGAAAAACCAAAUAUUUUAUUAUUUUAAGAUAUUGAACAAUUACAAAGCCUCCUACAGCAAUUAGAAAUUCGUGUUAGCACUUUAGAAUCCAAGAAAGUACCAACGAGUAUUACUAAAACAGAACAAAAAGAAACCUCCGAAAAAUUACCUGAAGAAGAUGAAGAUGUUGAUUUGUUUGGAUCAGAAUCUGACGUAAAUAUUUUUUGAAUAAGUAUUUUUUUUUACAUUGAUUAAUUUAAGUAUUCAUAGUUUUAAGGUGUAUUGAAAUAAUGAGUAUUAUAAUUUAUAUUUUGUAUGAGUAAAAUACUCCACAGUACCUCUACCCUCUACCUCUAUCAUCAUAAGAGGCGACAAAUGGGGUUGUGUCAGGACAACAACCUGUGUAAAAUUCUGUUAAACUAUGAAGAGUUAUAAAUAAGAUUUUGGCAGAUGGUCCUAUCUUGAAUGUGUCCUGGGACAACAGUUGAAAUGAGUUACCAUGGUGCAUAAUGGUUUGCUGACAUAUCUUUGAUAGUAGAAUGUCUGGAAUAAGUUAAUAAUAGACUUGAAUAUUUAAGAAUAGCACUUGGAGGAAUAGGAUUAAUGAUAAAUAGAAGUAAACUUGAGUAUGAUUUUGGAGGAACAGGACAAGUCAGCUAAUAGUUAACAUGAUAAUCUAAACUAAUAAGUUACUAUUAUAAAAAAUUAUUAUUCAUUGUUCGAACUAUUUUCAUUCUUAGUCAACCAUCUUAAUAUAGUAUAUAUCUAAUUAUAUCACUCAUUCAAUUUUUGUAUAUUAAAUAUUCUAAGUUAAAAAUUAUCACAAUGUAAAAAUUUGAAAUUAUAAUAUUAUUAAUAUUUUUAGGAAGAAAGUGAAGAAGCUCUCAAACUUAAGGCCCAAAGAGUAGCCGAUUAUACUGCUCGUAAAUCCAAAAGUAAUUAGUUGUUAUGUUCAUUUAAUUGUUGAAUUAUAUUUUAAAUAUUCUUUUGAUUUAUAGAACCUACUCUAAUUGCCAAGUCAAAUAUCAUAUUAGAUGUUAAACCAUGGGAUGAUGAAACUGAUAUGAAAGAAUUGGAAAAGGCUGUGCGUCAAGUUGCUACUGAUGGUUUAUUGUGGGGAGCAUGUAAGCUAUUUGUUUAAAAAUUCAAAUACAAAAUAAAUGUAAUUCUUAUGUUCUUCUCCCUCACUUUCAUCCAUCCUAUUUAGGGUUUCAAUCCUAUUUGAGGAUUCUGCAUUUCUCAAGCUUAUUAACUUUUUCUAGAUUUCUUUCAUAUCAAAACUGUCAUCUGUAAACAUCAUGUUUCUUGUAUUUCCUUUGUAACUUCAUCCAUUACCAAAAAAUAGGUUAGAGCUCAAGACUUCUGUUAAUCCACUUACACUUUCAGCACUCAUAUUUAAUCUUUCGUGCAUAUCCUCUACAGUUAAUAUACAAUUUCAAAAUUUCUUUUUUUAUAAAAUCCCACACCAGAACUUCUUUUGACUCUCUUUCAUAAGCAUUCUUUAAAUAUACACAAGUCAUACACAGUUUUCUUCUUCUAUAUACUUUUUAUAAUUUGUCUCGCACAAAAUACAGGUUCUAUCAUUAAUUUCUUUGAUAUUAAACCCAAUUGAUUUGUUAAUACUACUCUUUUCUAUAAUAUUUGUCCAUAUCUCCAAUCCUUACUAUGAUUCAUAAAUUGUAUUACUCUAAUUUCCACUCACUUUUACAUCUCCCUUUACUUUAAAAUUAAGUAUUACAAAACUUCCUCCUCACGUUUGGCAUUAUUUUACCUUCUACCUAACCUAAUAUUACUUAACCUAAUUAAUAAACUUUGCCUAUUAGUUUCCUUGCACAAUUAUUGAUACUCUACCCAAUCAUAUCCCUGUUCUGCUACCAUAGAUUAAAUUAUAUUUUCCAACUAACUAUAACUCUGAACAUUUUCAUCCCACCACCACUAUGUAAAAUAUAUAUACUUUUUAUUUACAUAAUAUUAUAUAUUAUAUUUCAGCUAAAUUAGUUCCGCUGGCUUAUGGUAUUCAUAAACUUCAAAUUAGCUGUGUUGUUGAAGACGAAAAAGUGUCCAUUGAUUGGUUACAAGAAACAUUACAAGAAAUUGAAGAUUAUGUAAGUAAUAUUUUUGAAUUUAUUCAAAUUUAUCUAUAAACUACACUGUCGUAGAUUGAAUUUAGUGUUUGUUACAUCCUGAGGAAAAAAAUGUAAUAAUGUAUGUAUGUAUACAUUAUUCAUUAUUGAUAAUACAAAUAUUCCAAUUUUAUCUUCUGUCAUAAAAUAAAUACAAUUACCCAACUAAACAAUAAUUUAAAUAUCCAAGUAUUAAGUUUAAUUACAAUAACAUUUGUAGAAUUUUAUUUAAUCAUAUUAUAUUCUGUUAUUUAAAAUUAAUUGAUAAUACAAAAUUAUAAUAAACCUUGAUUUUUUUUUUUUGAAAGUCAUUAUUUGUUAACUUAAUUUUAAUUGCAUUCCUUAAUUAGGUGUUUUACAGUGUAUCUUGAGUUACAUACAUAAAUUUAAACCUUGUUGAAAAAAUAUGGAACAUUUACUGAUAUUAUCUAAAUAUAAUUUAGUGAGUUUUAUCUUAUGAAAUAAUAAAGUACAUUAAACAAAUAAUUGUUAGAAAGAGUAAAACAAAUUAUCUAUUGUCAAAGAAAAUGAUGAUACAAGUAAACAUAGAAAAAUGAUUGUAUUUAAAUACUUUUUUAAUUGAUGUACACAUUAUUUCAGUUACAUAUCCUUUAUAAUAAUAAUUACCAAUAUUUAAUUUUAAAUCUUAUUUAACCUUUUUUUUUCAGAUUCAAAGUGUUGAUAUUGCAGCUUUCAACAAAAUUUAAGAUAGAAAACUAUCUAUACUUGUAUUUAAACAUUCACUUUUGAACAGCAAUAAAUACUAUUAAAAAAAUAUUGGAUUAAUAAUUAUUUUGUAUGAGACUAUUUCAUGUAUAGUAAAAAAAAAAUACUUAUAUUGUAUUUAUUAUAUACUUUUUGAAAGAAA